UCAAGUGGAUACCGAAUGGAGAGGACGCGCAACAGAUAGAACCUGCGAGCGUCCAGUCUGUCCAAUAAGGAAAGUGUGAGGCGAAAAGACUCAAAAAGACUUCGCAGGAGUUCUCCCAUCUCAGUGACCCGGCCGUGAUGCACCUCUCCUGGGCAGUGUGCCUGCUGAGGCUCCCUCUGCUGGUCCUGGCCUUGGAGAACCCAGCCUGUCAGACUCCUCACACCGCUCCCAACAGGACCCUGGAGUGCUACAACGACUACUUCAAUGAUGACAAUGUCAGAGUCCCGAGAGACUACGCGCACAACAUCUCCUGCAGCUGGACCCAGUGCCACUCCAACAGAACCCUGGCCCUCAGCUACGAGAACGGAUCCCCGUGUGUGGUCACUGAGCGGAGAGCCGUGUCUGAUGGUGAGGUGAAAGUGACGUGUGUGUAUGAUGGCAGUGAUAUCAGCUAUACCAUCGGCAGGAAGUACAAAUUCUUCUUCCACAGCCAUCACCACGUCGCCAAACCCACAAAUCUCACCACCAACCUGUUCCAACAUGUGCACGUGAUGACCCCAGAGAACCUCACGGUGAAGACCCAGGACGGCGUCCACCAGCUGAGCUGGCACAGCCCCUACGACAGCUCUUCAAAUUUGACCUCUGACCUCCACUACCAGGUGACCUAUGGAACCGCUGGCCAGGACUGGACGACUCUCCACAGCAAUCACACUGUGCACCACAUCAAAGGGGAAACCUUGUUGCCCGGGCGACAUUAUAAAGCCAAGGUGCGAGCUCGUGCGGGUCCAUGGCAGUGGAGCCAGUGGAGCCCCCUGGUGGAGUGGAAGACUAAGGACGAGUUGGGUCCCUCUGAGUUCCAGUGUGUGAUUGACAGUGUUUCCAUGGUAACGUGUGGGUGGAAGCUGAGGCGAGAGCAUGCUCAGUUCCUCGACUACCACCUGAGCUGUUACCACUUGUCCAAUACCACGAGUGUGCCGUGCUGUCCGAGCCCAUCGUUGACCUCUGACCCCAGUGCUGCGCUGCUGGAAUUCCGUUGCUUGCUCAACGUCUCGGACCCGCAGGACUUAAGAGUCGAGCUGACCCCGACAGAGCACUCCAGAACCUUCAAAUCCUGGAAGUACAUCCAGCCUCCGUCUCCGGCCCGCUUCCGUGUGGAGGAGAAGGACAAGAGCUGGGUUCUGCGCUGGGACCGACCCAAUGUCCAGCCCAACGUCAAACUCUGCUACCAGCUACGCUACAAACCCAAGGAGAGUGAGGAGUGGAAGCCGCCCAUCUCCCUGUGCUCCACGUCCACUACCUUCUCCCCAAACCAGCUGCUCCCCGACACCACUUACGUCGCCAGGAUCCAAACCCUGCUGGACCAAUCAGGCACCUAUGACGGAAAACCCUCUGCCUGGUCCAUAACUGUGGAAUGGACAACACCUCCAGCUGGUGUUUCUCUGGCCACCAUCUUGUAUAUCAUGGUGGCAGUGGUGGUGGUGCUCAUCUUCACCUUCAUGGUGGUCACGCUGCCCAAGUGCCAAAAGAGAAUACAUGACUGGAAGCGGUCCAUUCCAUCUCCGACACACAGCAACGUUUUGUCAGAAGUGAUUAAGAGGAAAGCCAGUGACUGGCUGUACGUGGUCAGUGAGAAGGAGAAGGUGUCCAUGUGCACCAUCCAGGACCAAGAGGACACUCACUCCCGACUCAGUUCCUGCAAGGAGCGUCUGUGGCCUUGCGCCGAUGACGAGGACGGUGACCGAGACUCCCUCCAGCUGGUGACGUACCAGACCGGCUCCACCACCGGGGGGCGCUCUGCUGGCUCUGGCCCGCUGGACAGCUCCGGCAUGAGCUUCAACGGGCCCUACAUCUUCUUCCGCAAGGAGUCCGGCCCGUCCAGCUCGCAGUCCCUACAGCACCCUCGGCCACCGGACCACGACGACGCGGUCAGCAGCUGCGGAUCGCCGUCCUCGGAGCUCGCGUCCCCGUGUUCGUCAUCGCCGUCCUCUCUCUCGCUCUCGCUCUCGUCCUCGCUCUCGUCCUCGCUCUCGCCCGUCUCGGCCGUGUCCUUCCUGUCCUCGCUGUCCUCGAUGCCCGGCGGGUACGUGGCCACCCUGCAGAUGUCUGUGCCCAUGGAGGGCGCUGCCCCGUCGGACGACGACGACCCCGACGACGACCCCGACGACGCCAACAACCCCGCCGACCUGGCCCUCUGUGCCCUCAUCGCUCGUGAUCCCGGCGACGAAGACGACCGCUCGCCAGCGCUGGCUCCGUCCUGGCAGAGUGCGUCCUCCGGCGAGGGGCGCGGGGGGGCACGACCCCCCCUACCGACGGACCGCCCGCCAGCCUACACGCUGCAGCCGCCCGCCCUCCACACCGUGGUGCUCCCCCGCCCCUCCGGCUACUGCUCGCUGCCCAGCCUGGACCUCAGCGGCUGGGCCUCCUCCUGCUCCUCCUCCCCUGCUGCGCCUCCUCCUGCUCCUGCUCCUCCAGAGACAGAUGGAGCACCAGCUGCAGUCACAGCGUCGCCGUCCUGCCCACGGCCACCAGAGGGCGAUCAAGGGGGAUCCUCCGGCGGGGAGCGGCGCCAGUACGUCCGACUGAAGACGGGAUACACCACGCUCCAAUCAGAUCCAACAGAGCGGCGUCCCACCGUCCAAUCAGAUGUAGGAUAGGACAACCACCCGGCUGCCAGCCUGAGGACUGGAUCCUUUACGAAGACACCGUCCAAUCAGAUUUGAGACUGGACAACUAGCUGUCCAAUCAGUUGGCAGAACACAAAGCUAAUCCAACUGCUACGUCUGGUAUUAACAUUAGCUCAGGUGAGCUAAUAGUUUAGCGAUGGCCGCUUAGACUUCAGUGGGUGCCUGAAGCUUUCAGAACUGGCCAGUAGGUGGCAGUAUGGCUUCACUCUGGCCUGUUAAGGUGAUUUGAGUGACAGCUGUCAGUCGGCCAGCGAGAGGGAGGCUCCAGGCUGGUUCCGCUCCAUGCGUCGUGUAUUGUGUCUAUACCUGACCUCCUCUCGCUUGAAAGGAUUCAUGAACUUAAUGACACACACACACACACACACACACACACACUCACACACACACACGUAUGUAUAAAUGUAAUAUAUGUGCAUAUGUAACACACACACACACACACAUAUUUAAACAGUACAUAUUUGUAUUUCACUCACACACUCUCUCUCUCUCACACACACACACACUGUAUAUAAUAUGGAAUGAUUUACCUAAAGUUCUAUGUUCUUGUGGUAGCUUUUGAUCUUGUAAGAAAUGUUUAAAGACUCAUCUGUCACCUUGCACUUAAUUGAUUAAUUGAUAAUUAGCUUUUUUAGUUAUUAGUUUGUUCAUUGAUGAUUUAAUGUGUAAACAUACUUAAUAUAGUAUAUUUAAUAGUUCAUGAAAACUUGUCAUAUUAAUUGUUGAUAUUUUAUAUUGUUAUUACUGAUUGUGUUAUGCUGAUUUGACAAGAGUAUAUAUAUUUUUUUUUCUGUUGGUGGGCUAUGACUUUUCAGGCAAAGUCUAAACAAAAUCUGCUCUAUAUUAACUGUGAUAGACAGUCUUCUGUGUGUUUCAUGUACCAAUGACCAAUGAAUGUCAAAGCGAUAUCUCUGAAAAUGUUGAAUCCUAUCUGUAGAUGUUUGAUUAGUGGAUUCAAUUAAUAUAUUUAAGUGUGUGUGUGAAACAGAAAUAUGGUUUAAUCUGUAUGUAUAUUACAGAUGUCUUUAAAUAAGAGUCCAUUUGUGCCUAACUUUGUUUAUCCGCAAAACAUGCUGUACACUUCCAUGGAUUAGCCCAUAAGACAGAUAGAUUUGGGGCGAUAAUAGCUUUCCAUCCACCUGCUUACAUAUAGGGUGCCUCUCAAUUGGGCUUAUUUUAUACGUCCUCCCUCACUCCUCGGCCCUCGAUCCUCACUGAUCUAGAUAAAGAAUGAUGGGGCGGCAACAAUGGGAUAGUCUAUCCAGUGGGAACGCCCCUCGAGCAUCAAGGAGAGAUGUUGAGAGGCACCCAUAAUGUAUAAUUCGGGGGCUUUUUGCCUUCAUAGGACAGUGACAGGAGUUGGAUGUGAAAGGACUGUGGGUCAAAUUCUGUGGGUACUAGGGGUCGGAUUCUGUAGGUACUAGGGACCAGAUUCUGUAGGUACUAGGGGUCGGAUUCUGUAGGUACUAGGGACCAGAUUCUGUAGGUACUAGGGGUCAGAUUCUGUAGGUACUAGGGGUCGGAUUCUGUAGGUACUAGGGACCAGAUUCUGUAGGUACUAGGCGCCAGAUUCUGUGGGUACUAGGCACCAGAUUCUGUAGGUACGAGGGGUCAGAUUCUGUGGGUACUAGGGGUCAGAUUCUGUAGGUACGAGGGGUCAGAUUCUGUGGGUACUAGGGGUCAGAUUCUGUGGGUACUAGGGGUCAGAUUCUGUGGGUACUAGGGGUCAGAUUCUGUAGGUACUAGGGGACAGGUUCUGU